AGCGAAUGCGGUCAGUUCGCUCUCCACGUGUGUGUCUCGCCUCUGCCUCCCCGGUGUCGCAGCUCUGCUUCUGAUUCUUUACAGAAGAGCUGAGAGAAUGAGAGCUGCUGCUGAAGCUCAGCUCCGCCCUGCUGCUGCUGCGCCUGCUCGACCAUCUGAAAAUCAGCACUCAGAUCACAGCAGAUCAUCUGCAGCCACUCCAGCCAACACUCACCGCCUUCGGGUUUUGGACUUGGAUUUGAGAUCCUCACCAAGUUCCCUCCGAUGAUGAUGAAGAGGAGCUUUUAGGAUGGACAAGCGACAGAACAGGACGGGACUGUAGGAGUGAAGAGGAAGAAACUAGAUGUAGUUCAGGAUGAUCGGCGCGCUUCUCUGAAGGUGAAUUCAACGCUGCGUGAGAUAGUGUGGGCUGGAUGUCGAGGAACAGAUCUCUCCUGUUGUCCCCUCAGCCAGAUGCCUCUCCUCAGGAUGUCUCAAACACCUCCCUCUUCCCUCCCCUGGACGAGUGGGAGGCACCCACCUUCACGCGGGCGGCCCAGUUCCGUGUGGCCACCACAUUGGUGCUCUUCCUCUUUGCGGCAGUCAGUAACCUGGCUCUGCUCAUCAGCGUGUCACGGGGGCGGGGCCGGCGCCUGGCCUCACACCUGCGGCCACUCAUCAUAAGCCUGGUAGCAGCUGAUCUGAUGAUGACGUUCAUCGUGAUGCCACUGGACAUGGUGUGGAAUGUGACGGUGCAGUGGUAUGGCGGUGAUGGCCUAUGCAAGUUACUCAGCUUCCUCAAGCUGUUUGCCAUGCAGGCGUCGGCCUUCAUCCUAGUGGUGAUAAGCCUGGACAGACACCAUGCCAUCCUGCACCCUCUUGACUCGCUCAAUGCACAUCGCCGCAACAGAAGGAUGCUGGUGCUGGCCUGGAGCCUCAGCCUGCUGCUUGCUUCUCCCCAGCUGUUUAUCUUCAGAACAAUCAAAGCAGACCACUUCGACUUCACUCAGUGUGUGACCCAUGGCAGUUUCCAUGAAAGAUGGCAGGAGACCGUCUACAACAUGUUCCACUUUGUUACUCUGUACGUCAUCCCGCUGUUGGCCAUGAGCUUCUGUUACACUCACAUCCUCAUCGAGAUCAACCGACAGGAGCACAAAAAUAAAGCCGGAGAGUCGUGUCUCCGGCGCAGCCGAACUGAUAUGAUCCCCAAAGCACGUAUGAAGACGCUGAAGAUGACCAUCAUCAUCGUCAUGUCAUUUAUAGUGUGCUGGACCCCAUAUUACCUGUUGGGCAUCUGGUACUGGUUUCAACCAGAGAUGCUGAAGGUCACUCCCGAGUACGUCCACCACCUGCUCUUUAUUUUUGGCAACCUGAACACCUGCUGUGACCCGGUCAUUUACGGCCUAUAUACGCCCUCCUUCCGUGCUGAUCUGGCACGCUAUUGGGGCUGCCGCAAGUCAGGAGACUCACCUCGCUCUGUGGAACGACUGUCCGCCCAGCAGGGACCUCACAGCGGAGAGCAGGAGUCUGACCCACCCAGUGUUAAAGGGGCAGAGGGGUAAAGAGAUAAAUAUGGACAGGGUUGUCUCCUGAAGCAUUAUACAUAGUAUCAAGCAGAAGUGCAAACACAGAACCUGAUGGUGAAGUGCACUGAGGGUCCAUGGGAAGGAAGCAGUGCACAUGUUUCUAACGAUUGAGGUCACACGUCUUUUCAGAGAUGUAGUGACCACCCUUUAAACACUGUAAUGCUGUUAUUUGAUAAAUUAGUGUUGCAUUCACAGCAACAGAUCUUUAGGAAUACCUUGCUCUUGCAGAGUGGUCUUUACUGCAUGAAUCAAUUGAGCCUCCAUUCAUGUUUUCAAACCUGAAGGUCACUGCUCACUUGCCUGACCCGCAGGAGUGAUUCCAGUGUGCUCAGAUGAGCAGCCACAGUCUCUGCAGUUUAAUAACCUUGCGCAGUGUGCACAGAGUCCACAGUGACUGAUUAACAGGGAUCAAGGGUGUUUAAAGCCAGUGCUGCACUCUGCCUACAGGCUAUGGGCAUUAGCACAUUUGACAAUUUGGAAAGAAUCUGAUUUCAUACAGCGCGGCAUUGAAAAUAGCUUAGCACGGAAUGAAACCAGAUAUUUUGUGCAAGUCUAGAUUAACUGCAUGGUCUUCAAAGAACCACUAGUUCGCGUAUUAUGUGCACCACGAGUUCAGUAUGCCUGGCUUCUGGAUCAAUGUAGAUAUAUGUGUAUAUGCAGCCCGCAUACUGUGACCAGUGUAAUUCAAUAACACUUUCUCACACCCUGCCUUUACUGUACGUCCCUGCACUUUUUGAAUGUUGUAGAUUGUGUUCUGUAAGAGUGUGCCAAGAGUACAGUUGUGUUGUGUUCUUCUCCUGCAGAAGCAGAAACAACUCUGAAUGUUAAUCCCAAUGAAUGUGCAAACAUAGUGAUCUGUAAAGGGGGCAGCUGAAUUUUGAUCAGCACUAAUCAUUAAUAUUCAUACCUCAUGGGGAUGCUCUCACAGACACAGGCAUUGCAAAGUUCUGGACUGAAAAUGAUUUUCUCAGCCAAAAACUGACCCUAAAAUAAAGCAGCAUAAAUCACCUUGUAAAAGCUUCAAGAGAAACUGAAAACUUGCAUCAGUAAAAUUGUUGCUGCCUUUUAGUGAGCAGAGUGUCAGGUGGGUGAAAUGUGUUAGCACAACAGUCUAAUCAACUUCAAGCCCAGUGCUGCAGACCUUUCAAAUGCUCUGAGUUUUACUGUCUGCCUUAUCAGCUGGCCUGCACACUGCCCAACAGCACCAAGCACAUGUUAUUCAACAGAGCGGACUGUAGCGUCUGUCCAGUCUGAGACAGAAGAAUUGGACACAUGUAGUGUAGCCCAUUCUCAAGUUUAGCUAUUUAUGGUUUUGUGGGGAUUGACUUGUACUAGAUUAAUAAACCUUUAAUGUUCACUGA